GAAGGUGCUCCGCCGUCUCCCUCUGCCUCCGCCGCUCUUGGUUCCGGGCAGGAAGGGGCCCGGCGGCGCCUCUCUUCCUCGGUCCCUCCGUCGUUCGCCAUGUCCUCCCCGGGGCACCGCGACGCGCCGGAGCUGCCGGAUUUCGGCCUCCUGAAGCGCCUGGCCCGGGACCAGCUGGUCUAUCUGCUGGAGCAGCUCCCCGGGAAGAAGGACCUGUUCAUCGAGGCCGACCUGAUGAGCCCCCUCGACCGCAUCGCCAACGUCUCCAUCCUCAAGCAACACGAAGUGGACAAGCUCUACAAGGUGGAGAGCAAGCCGGCCCACAGCAGCAGCGACCAGCUGUGCUUUUUGCUCCGGCCACGAAUCAGGAACGUGAAAUAUGUGGCAGACAUAGUCAAUGCUGACAAGGCUGCUGGUCGGACUCGCAAGUACAAGAUUAUCUUCAGCCCUCAGAAGUUCUAUACCUGUGAGAUGGUGCUGGAGGACGAGGGAAUCUAUGGAGAUGUGACCUGGGAUGAGUGGAACUUCUACCUUCUCCCUCUGGAUGAUGACAUCCUCAGCAUGGAAUUGCCCGAAUUCUUCCGUGACUACUUCCUGGAAGGGGAUCAGCGCUGGAUCAGCACUGUGGCGCAGGCAUUGCAGCUGCUGGGCUCCCUCUUCGGCCCCUUCACUAGGACCUAUGGAAUUGGCCGGUGUGCCAAGAUGGCCCACGAACUCUUGCUGGAGAUAGUGGAAGAGAGCGAGGUGGACAACAUGGGUCGGAAGCCAGAGAUGGGCUCCAUUUUUCUCAUGGACAGAGAUGUGGACUACGUUACAGCUUGCUCUCAGGUGGUAUACGAGGUGGUGGAUGAUACCUUCCGCAUCAAGUGCGAUCCGGAACGGCACUUUUCCAGCGUCUUUGGCUUCCUGAGUCAGAAGGCCCGUAACCUGCAGGCCCAGUAUGAUCGACGGCGUGGGAUGGACAUAAAACAGAUGAAGGACUUUGUCUCCCAGGAGCUGAAAGGCUUGAAGCAAGAGCACCGCCUGCUCAGCCUCCAUAUUGGGGCCUGCGAGUCCAUCAUGAAGAAGAAAACCAGGCAGGAUUUCCAGGAACUCCUGAAGACUGAGCACGCGCUCCUGGAGGGUUUCGACAUUCGAGAGAGCAUCAGCUUCAUUGAAGAGCACAUUGACCGGCAGUCUCCCCCCAUUGAGAGUCUGCGGAUGCUGCCUCUUGUCGAUCACGGGAGUGCUGUAGUGUGGCGUGUGGCUACCCCCAAGGACUACCGCUCCCUGAAAACCCAGUACCUGCAGGUGAGGAAUGACGCCAGCCCCCUCUGA